AUGCCUGCUGUCGAGGCGGUACUUCUUGCAUGUGCAUGCACGAAGCGUCGUAGGCCACACCAAAUUGCUCUCUUAAAGACGGUAACCUACUAUGGUGGUGCUGUGCGGACGGGUUGGACAAGCCUCGUGACUGAAAGGACCCCACUAAUCCUCGAGGAGGCAAACCCCCUAAUCCUCCAUAAAACCCUGACCAUUGGCAAAAUCCCACCACACAAGGCAGGCGAUCUGCCUCCAGAUGGUCGUCUCGGUCCUUGA